CAGAAGCAAAUUUUCGGUAAGUUUUAACAUAUUUUUAGGCGAUUUUUGGAGAGAGACGGGUCACCUAUGCGUGUUGUGCGUUUGAUGUGUUUACUGUGGAGGAUAUGGAAGGGGAGGAACUCUGUGGUCUUUGAGGGACAGCAGAUUCUCCCGAGUAUUCUUCGACAGGAGUUUCUACAUCAAGUGUCGGAAUGGGAGCAACUUCCCCAGGGGGAUGGGAAUAGUGUGGGUGAGCCUUCGGGGGGCCGUGGUACUGAUCAGCCUACGGUGGAUGCUGGUUCUGUGGACGGUGUGGUAUGCUCCUUUGAUGGGGCAGUCCAUGACGGGUCCCAUGCGGCAGGUGGGGUGGUCUUAAGAGAGGCAGGGGGAGCGGUGUUUGCGGCGCAAGGGCUGAUGUUUACCGGUCUGCAAGAUCCGAUGCUUGUGGAACUGUCAACGUUGCGGGAUGCGAUGCGGUGGUGUCAACAUCGUGGCCUGGAGGCUGUUACGUUUGAGGGGGAUGCCAAGAUUGUGAUCGACAAGGUUAACGCUAGGGAUGUUUGUGCUGCUACUGGUGGUGCUCUGUUUGAGGAAAUUCGCCAGCUUCUCUUGCUGUCCCCAGGAUUUAGGGUGAAAUUUGUGGGUAGACAGAACAAUAGGGUAGCCCAUAUGGUGGCUAAGAAGGCCCUGUCUUUGUUUCCUGCGGGUUGUAAUGGGUUUGAUUUUUGUGGGUGGCUUAGGUCACAGGCCUUGUAACUUUGUGUUCUUGUUUAAUGCAAGCUAUCUUUUCGACAAAAAAAAAGCAAAUUUUCGGUUCCACAAUGGCUAAACAGAAGCCAAUUUUCGGUUUCACCAUGGCCUAACCGAAGGAAGGGUUCGGUUCCACCGUGGAUCAACCGAAACAAAAUUUCGUUUCACCCAUGGCACAAACGAAACAGAUUUUUGGUUCAUCCAUGGCUCAACCGAAUGUGAUUUCGGUUGGUCCAUGGUUCAACCGAAACCAAUUUUCUGUUGAACCAUGGACCAACCGAAAAUCACAUUCGGUUGAGAAUUUUUGGGUUUUUUUUAACGAGAUUUUACCUCGUCGGAGUCGCUACUCAUUGUUCGGACGUAUGCUCGACGAUUUCGGCUUCCAAAUGUCGAUGAUGAAUUCGAGAGUGUGGGAGAAUGAGUGUUUUUUGCUUUCUGCCCGUUUAGUAUUGUUGCUUGUUUUAAGAAAUUUGGAAAACCAAG